AUGGAUGAUUCCAAGUGCGAGAAUUCAAAUUAUGAAUUAUUAGCGGAAAUUGGCCAAGGCGCCUACGGGAAAGUGUACAAAGCGAGGGAGCUCGGGGAGAAACAGCGCCUCGUAGCGGUGAAGAAGCUCAACAUCAGCACAGACCCGGACGAAGGCAUCCCGCAAUUCAUGAUCCGCGAGGUGGCGCUAUUGCGAAAAAUAGGCUAUUUCAAUCACCCAAAUGUAGUGAAGUUGUUGGAUGUGUCGGCUGGUCUGAGGAAAAUAGGUUUGGACCUGACGCUGGUGUUUGAGUACAUCGAUCAGGAUCUGUCCUCUUUCCUCAGCACUGUUCCUGAGGACGGUCUGAGUCGAGACAAAAUAAAGGACAUAAUGCAGCAGCUGCUGAAGGGCCUGGACUUCCUUCACACUAACACUGUCAUGCACCGUGACCUGAAGCCCUGUAACGUGUUGCUGAGCAGCCGUGGAGAGGUGAAGAUCGCAGACUUCGGCUUGGCGAGGAUCUUCAGUAACCGUAUCGCACUGACACCCUGCGUAGUGACUCUGUGGUACAGGGCUCCUGAAGUGUUGCUACAUUCAGACUACAUGUCCUCUGUGGAUAUCUGGAGCGCUGGCUGCAUCUUCGCAGAGCUCUUUCUGCAAAAACCUUUGUUCCAGGGAUACACAGAAGUCCAGCAGCUUCAGAAGAUCUUUGAGGUGAUUGGGUUGCCUGCUAAAGAGGAUUGGCCUAAAGAAAGCCCUAUCCACUAUAAUCCAGCCUGGGCUAGACGAGACACCAGCACACAGCUUCUGCCGAGCCUGACCACAGAGGAGAACAACCUGCUUAGUCAAUGUCUGGCCUUCAGUCCAUCCCAGCGCAUCUCUGCUUAUAGAGCUUUAGAACAUCCUUUCUUGGCUGGUCCAUAGCCAUAAAGCACAAUGAAGCUGACUUGAAGAAAUAUUAUGAUGAACGGGCCUGAAGGAGGCGAGAGGAUUUGCCUUGGGAUCCUCCAACACACACAUAGCCAGGAAAUCAAGUAAGGAAUAACACAUUUGGGGGUGUGCUCUCAUAGCAAAGCAAUCAACAACAACAGACGUCAGUUGAAACCCUGAAGUUGAUUGUUUUCAUAUAGCAGCAUGUCCUACAGUGUUUUAUUCCUCUUAGACUGCAGCAAUAAUUAUAUAUGUUCUUAUUUAUUAACAAACAACACCUCAUACCUUCUAUCAGUUUAAACUUCAUAUUAUAAAUGAGUCUUCUCUUUAUAGACCUGUGGAAAAUGUGUGUUUAAUAGCACACUUUUGCAAGGUGUGUUAUAUGAUGAUGAA